GGCGGCGCGCGGGCAGCCCCGGCGAGCCCAAGGCCCCCGGCGCGUUUUCCUCCCGGUGAAGACGUAGCUGCGGGUGGCUGUGCUGGUGGCUGGCGGCGUCCAAGAUGUCGACCAAGAAUUUCCGAGUCAGUGACGGCGACUGGAUCUGCCCUGACAAAAAAUGUGGAAAUGUAAACUUUGCCAGAAGAACCAGCUGUAAUAGAUGUGGCCGGGAGAAAACAACUGAGGCUAAGAUGAUGAAAGCAGGGGGCACUGAAAUAGGAAAGACACUUGCAGAAAAGAGCCGAGGUCUAUUUAGUGCUAAUGACUGGCAGUGUAAAACUUGCAGUAAUGUGAAUUGGGCAAGAAGAUCAGAGUGUAACAUGUGUAAUACUCCAAAGUAUGCCAAGUUAGAAGAAAGAACAGGAUAUGGUGGCGGUUUUAAUGAAAGAGAAAAUGUUGAAUAUAUAGAAAGAGAAGAAUCUGAUGGCGAAUAUGAUGAGUUCGGACGUAAAAAGAAAAAAUACAGAGGGAAGGCAGUUGGUCCAGCAUCUAUUUUAAAGGAAGUUGAAGAUAAAGAAUCUGAGGGAGAAGAAGAGGAUGAGGAUGAAGAUCUUUCUAAAUAUAAAUUGGAUGAGGAUGAGGAUGAAGAUGAUGCUGAUCUUUCAAAAUAUAAUCUUGAUGCCAGUGAAGAAGAAGAUAGUAAUAAAAAGAAAUCUAAUAGACGAAGUCGCUCAAAGUCUCGAUCUUCACAUUCACGAUCUUCAUCACGCUCAUCCUCCCCCUCAAGUUCAAGGUCUAGGUCCAGGUCCCGUUCAGGAAGUUCUUCCAGUUCGCAGUCAAGAUCUCGUUCCAGUUCCAGAGAACAUUCGAGAUCUCGUGGGUCGAAAUCAAGAUCCAGCUCCAGAUCCCACAGGGGCUCUUCUUCCCCACGAAAAAGAUCUUAUUCAAGUUCAUCAUCUUCUCCUGAGAGGAACAGAAAGAGAAGUCGUUCUAGAUCUUCAUCUGGUGAUCGCAAAAAAAGACGAACAAGAUCACGGUCACCCGAAAGCCAGGUGAUUGGUGAAAACACUAAACAACCCUGAGUCCAGGGCCAACCCCUCGGAACACCACUACUUUACCCAGGCACCACAGGUCAUCUUCUGGAUCAUCCCAUUCUGGUUCCCGUUCAAGUUCAAAAAAGAAAUAAUGUAUUAAAAUUUACAUCUUAAAAAAAAAAAAAAAAAAUCCAGUACAGUGCAUGAAGCAUAUUUUUUAAGAAGUUGGUGUCUUACUUAGUCAAAAGUGCUAAGUCUUCUAGUAGAGGUGCAUGCCUUUCAUUGCUUUUCAGAACAAUACAGCUGUGUUUAUUUGUGAAAUUAAAAGUAAAUAGUAUUUUAAGCCAUAAUGUCCCAAAAUAGUUGCUCUAUUUAUCAUUCUUUAUUUACAGCUAUUUUCUUUAAACCAUCUCAUCUAUAACAAAGAACUUUGUUUCUUUUUGUUUUUACUUUGUUUCCUAAUUUGAACUCAUGUUUUUUUCAUUUCCAAAUAGGAAUUGUUUACUGACUUUUACCUUAGGCUUGCCUGAACUUUGGGUAUAGAGGCAAGACUGUGGUGAAGUAGUUGGAAAAAGUCUGUUUAUGUUAAUCUGAGAAAAGGAGUCAGCCUCUUUAUGUAACCUAUGUCAAAGUGAUUCUUCUCAGAAAAAAAUUAAACUAAUUGUAAAACAGCCAACUAGAAACAAUCUUAAGUUCCCUAUGUUAAGGGUGCCUUAGAAUCAUUGUCUGUCUUUUAUUCAAUUUUGCUUUUUGCACCACAUUUAAUGCAAAAAAAUCUUGUGAAUUGUAGGAGUAAGAUGUUCCAUAUUUCUCACUCUCUGACAUAAUUUUGAGCAAGAAUAUCUAAUACGUAGUACAUUUCUAAUCUGAUAUGGUUGUCUGAUGAGAAAAACAUCUUAUUUCAAAUGUUUAUCUUAAUACUUUAAGAAGCUUGUGUGAUGUCUUUAAAAAAUCCAUUUAUCACACAUGAUUGGUUAGACAAAGCUAAAUUAUAGUUAAUGAAGAAAGCUUCUGAAAUAUAGUUCUCUUUGGGUGAAAGACCAACAAAGACAUUAUUAAUUUAAGCAAAUCUUUGCUGUGAGGUGUUUAACUUUAAACACUUGAUAAAAUUUUCUUGAGUAAUAAAUGAAUAUUUAUUUCUGCACGAAACAAGCAGAAAUAAUGGUACCUGUUCACUUGAAAUUACUUAUGGCUUAAAAUACUUUGAGUUUGUUUUAUUUCUCAAAAUUGAAAUAUGGUCACGAGCUUUAUGGUGUCUUUUGGUUUAAAAACAAAAGGUUUCUCUCAACAGUAUCUUCAGUGACAAUGCAAGGUAAGUAUGCUAAGGAAAAUCAGCAGUUGUGCUUGAGGACUUUUUGUCAUGGGGAUCAAUACCCAUUAUUGUUCUGUUUUGGGGGGGUUUUUUUUUUGAACAGUAAUGUCUGCUGCAAUUAAAAACUAAAAUGCUUUAAAGUAUUUUAUAGACAGACCAAACAAAAUUAUAUUUGUUUCUUUAUUUUAAAAUAAGUGAUUUUUCUCUUCACUUGAUCUAAAGAUAAAAUCAAAUCUUAUGUAGAAAUAUUUUGAUAAUAUUUUUACAGUGAACUUGCCCCUUAUUUUUUUGUCUUAAUUUUGUUUCCUACAUUUACUGUAGUUUGCACAAGAACUUUUCUCUCUUGUAAUUGUGCCUCAGACUUCUUGAAAGUCCACCUCCUAAAAUGCCCAAAUGAUCUUUUAGAUUCUACAUGUUACUAUUGGUUUAUUCUUGUGCUUUCUGUAUUUAAACUUUGGCUGUACUAAGUAAAUGCAAGAUUAUAAAUUUAGCUAAUAGUUGUUUACAGACAAUUCAGAUGAUUAUGAUUUCAUUUGGUUUAACAAAGCUGUAGUAGUCCAUAAGGAAAUGAUGCUGUAGACAAAUGUAAAUAAAGCUUGUGAGUCAAGCAUCAAGUGGUGUUUGUUAGAAAUAAAUUAGAAUUUUUAAA